AUGCCUGUUAGAGACAGAAAUCCUAGUAAGAGACUAUGAGAAACGCUAUUUUAUUCGUUAUCUACUUUUCAGACAAUCCUGUUCAUUAUCAAAAAUUUCGGCAUAUUUUGUCGGAAUACAGCACUGGAGUAGUCUUCGAGAAGGCUCACCUGUUGGGGACUCUCGCCGAAGUGGUUACGAACGUGAUAGGCGUUGGCACAAACUACCCUUUCAUCGGAACUGACUUCAAACUUCAAAAAAAUUCCACAAUGAUGUCUUGUGAGUUGCCGUUUUUCUUUACACUUUUUUCACUCGAUCAUUUGUUUUCAGUAGACGCAUCGUUGAAGAAGGUUAUCGACAAAAUAAACGAUUUGUUCAAAGCGCUUCAAGAUGACAUUGGGACUCAAUUCCCUCCAGAUAUAAAGUACAACGUCAUCACUAUGGUGAUCCAAUCGAUUUGGAGGGACGUAUCGGAAGUCUCGUCGAACAUCUUGGUGAUUGGUAAGUUCGCUAUUGUAACAAUUCACAGAGAACAAACUAAAUGCCAGAAAUUUGAUUUUCAGACUCCCUUCCGAUCGAAAUGAGCCGCCCCUGCUUCCAUCACAUCUCCUCUGUGAUGAACUGCAUCAACAAGGAUACGACCGCCAAAAUCCAAGAAAUGACAAUGAUUCUGGCGAAAGUUGCAGCAGUAGAUCACGAGGAAACUGCGUCGUAUUGCACUCGAUUCAGACCAAUAGUCGAAAAAGGUAAGAGCUAAAUUGCUUGAAAUUAGUACGACCUCAUCAAUUUGCUUGCAGUGAUAACAAAUACUCUUCCAAUCCACGAAGAUAUCAAGGAAAUGGACACCGUUUUGAAAGAGAUGUUUAGACGUAUAGCUUCCGCCAAAAAGUCGAUUCGCUCGGAGAUCGUCAGGCAGACAGUGGGUCACAUACUGAAGUGUGAGGCGUCUGACCGAAACUAUGACAUCUACACGGGAGAGGUCGACGACUGA